GAGUCCAGACUAAAGGUGUGGUGACCCUCAGAGGCUUAACCGAGCUUUAUCAGUGGAGACGAAGACGGUUCUCGAAGGAAGAGUGGUCCUCGUUCUCUCCGUUCUAUUGCGUGGCAGGAGUUUCCGCCUCGCAGGGAAGUCCUACCGAAGGACUCCAGUGUCUGGCGUGACGGGGGGGGAAAGUACCGUAUCCUUUGACAGGGCGUUGUUACUCCUGCAGGAUCGGAUCGAGGCGAGCCGGAAAAAGAAAACUCUGUCCCUGCGAAGUUGAUCUUUCCAGAAGAGAUCUCCCUCCCUCCCUCCUCCCUCCCUCCAUCCUCCCCUCCCCUUCACCCCACCUCUUCCUCCUACGCCCUCUACUCCUCGGGGGGGAUUCCGAGGUUUCCCCCACACAAACGCUCCUAGGAUGUGUUGUGGUGUAACCAAAAACAGCAAAGACGGUCUGAAAACUCUUUUGCUUUUCAUGUUCUGAAGGCUCUCUCCAUCCCUCUCUCUCUCUUUCUCCCGUCCUCUCUUUCUCUCCCUCGCUCCCGGCAUCGCUCGAGAGGAAAAAGAAAAAAUAAGUGAGAAACGAAGCGAGAGAAAACCGGGAGGGUGAGGACCACGGCGUGGUAGGGCGAAGCGGAGAAGAAGCCGGCGGCAGGAGCAGCAGGCCCUUGAGGGAUUCAGGAGAGGAGGAACGAGGUCGUCCCGCCGCCGUCCGCCCUAAACCCUGAUCCGGCCGCCGUGUGCGGCAGUGAGGCCACCUCAGGCCCUCAACCCCUUUCUGCAACUGCAAGUCUUCCCUUCUGCGAGGCGCUUGACACGAGGUAUACCGUCAGCUUUUCCCCUGAUUGUGAAUUGUGUGGUGGAAUUUUGGAGCUAGCUGCAGCAGAGAAAAUUGUCACCAAGGUUCAAGAUGAAGUUUCUAGCUGUGUUAAUGAUGCUAAUGGUUAUGGCCAAACUCUGCUUAUGUGAUGCCAGGAUAUGCUACAACUGCACGGGAGACUGUGUCACAGAUGCCGAGUGCAAGGGAUCCUGCAUGACACUCACGGCCGAGUUAGGAGACGAAGUGGAAGUCAGGACCUGUGUGGAGGACGUGGAAGAAGCCCGCUGCAUAUCCGAAGUGAGGAAAGGCAAAAGAUACAAGAUAUGUUACUGCAACACUGAACGCUGUAACGGCUCCUCCUACGUAACGGCUACCCUGACCGUCUUAGUGUUGGGUCUCCUCGUCUGUUACAACUGAAGAACAUUAUGCAUCCUCCAAAACUUCUCAUUUCAUCCACAGCUGUCAUUCCUACCUCAUCCUUAUCUCUUCCUUCAUUCCUUCCUUCCUCCCUUCCCGUGCAUCUCUGCAUGCAACAAAAUAUCUAUGCAACCACCGAGAAUUCCAGUCAACUUUGUCAGCCUAGGCAUAUUCCACAACUGACUAUCUGCCUAGAUCUAUCCCACCUAUUUCACUGAAUAACAAGAUGUACGACAGGGAAGUGCGCAUCUUUACUCUUUCUUUAUUAUGAUCACUGGAAAUAACGAGGGAAAUUUCUUGGAUGGUAAAAAAGUUAUCUUAAUAGUAACUGCCAUUUUAGUCCAGUAGUCUGAAAACAAAUAUAUGCAGUGAUAAUAUCAAAUAAUACUCAACAGUCAAUGGCUAUCUUCUACAAAUGCUACUUAAUUAGUUCAUAUGAUGCUCCACUCAUCACCAAAGUAAAAAAUUUAUAGCGAGUGCUACAAGUAAUUGGUAACCUAAUAAAACUUCAACUCGACAUAACUUGUUCAGUGUUCAGGCGCGAGAAGAACCACCACAAACAACCUUGUUCGAUGUCCCGUAAGAGAUAUACGUCCUUCCAGAGUGAAAUUAUUUAAUCUAUAUAUAGUUUUUGUUUCUUUUUCUUUUAUCUGGAGGAAAUGCACUCAGCAGUCGGCCGUUUGAUGUAGACUGGUUGAACGAAUACAUCUUUAUAUUACAUAUAAUUACUUAGUGAUCCAAAUGAAAGUUUACUUUGUGAGGUCGCAAUGAGACAGAACUGAGUAUUACUAAUUUAUUGCCUGGCCACGCAGUAUACAUAGCAGUGUGCAGAUGGAAAUGGAGUGCCCAACCAAGAGUCUUGCGUCCCGCACACGGGCAGAGGAGAAUUCUGCAUUUCUUAGCAGUUAAUAAAAUUACAAUAGCAAAAGACAUAAUGGACAUACAUUGAUGAAUUGUAUAUCGGUGGAAAGGCCAGGAAAUUCUACAUAUAAAUAUAUACAUGUGAUUCUUGCUGCUUAGCUAGAUGAGAUACAAGAUCGUGAUUAGUGGGUAAAGAAGGUCUUUACAAGUACUCCCCACCCAGGACAAUUUAAUGUUUAAUAAUGAAUAAUUGGAAGAUUUGUAGAGUUAAUCACGAUAUCUUGAUGGUAUCAGGAGCCAUCCCCGAGUUCUUGAUAUUUGUGGUUGUGGGGCGGUCUCAACUGCCGAGUCGUCUGGCGUUCCUGCUGGGACGUCGUCCUUCGUCCGGCCCCUAGGAUGACCUCAACCUCAUCUCGGGAUGUCUAUUUCUUUGCUUGAGGUCUUUUUUUGUGGAGGAAUUCUCGGACAUCUGGCAGUCUCCUCUCGGGUUUCACUAUCCAUCAGGAAGGCUGGCUUUAAUCUGUCAACGGAUACCCAGUUUUCCCGCCCAUGGAUGUUGACGAGGUAGGCCUUCGAGUUUCUUGUGAUGACACGGUAUGGGCCACUGUAUGGUUUGGGCAGGGGUGGGCAGCGGUCAUCGUUCCUCAGGAACUCGUGUGUGAAGGUUCCUAGGUCUCCUGGGGCGAGUUGUGUCCUGUCCAUGAAAGUCUUCCGGCAGGGCGCUACUUUGCUAUUUCCCUUAGUUUUCUAAAGGGUGUACCUAGGUCGUCUGGUUCCAUAGGGAAGAAUUCGCCCAGUACUGCCAGUGCUUCUCCGUAGACUUUUUGUGCAGAUUCUUCACCACUCGCUUUUGGUGCUGUUCGAAGUCCUAGUAGGACCCAGGCAGCUGCGCCUUCCAGUUUUCAUCAGUACACUGUGCCAUCAGUGCCGCUUUUAAUGAAUGGUGGGCCCUUUCCACCAUUCCAUUGGCCGAGGGGUUGUAUGCCAUCUCGUUGUGGAUUGUUGUCCCUAUCCGGCUUGCCAGGGAGACCCAAGAGUUCUGACAGGAAUGCUGAGCCCCUGUCCGUAGUUAUGUCGUCCGGCACACUGAAAUGGCUUAUCCAACUUAAUAGUAAGGCUCCUACGCAGGCGCUUGUUGAUGCUUCUGCCAUUGGGGUUGCUUGCGGCCAUCUUGUAGGUCGGUCUAUGACUGUUAGGAGGUAUAUGGCAGGCCUAAAUUGUGCCAGAGGUCCUGUGAUGUCCACGCGACUUUGCCCGAACCAUCUUCGUGGUUGAGGGAAGUCUCUGAUGCCUGAUUCUGUGUGCCGGGUGAUCUUGCUUGUUUGGCAUGGUAUGCAGUUUUUCACCCAUCUCCGCAUGUCCUUUUUUAUCCCGUGCCACACGAACUUGUCAGUCAAAAUGCGCGUUGUUGCACAUCCCAAUGGAUGGGAGAGGCCGUGGAUGAUGUCGAAUACCUGCUUCCUUCGUGAUGCAGGUAUCAGGGGGCGGGGCGGCCUGUACUGGUAUUGCAGAGAAGUGUCGAUCCCUGCUCUACUACUGGUCCACUUCAGUGCAGUGAGUGCCAUGUGGUAAGCUGGCGUUUCAGGGUCUGCGGCUUGCUCCUUCACCAGGUCCUCAUAGUCAAUCCCAAAGUGAACUGAAUUUAUUUCAAUCCUUGACAGGGCAUUGGCUACCGGGUUCUUCUUCCCGGGGACGUAGCUGAUGGUGCAACCGAAUUCGGAUAUAGCAGCCAAGUGCCGCUACUGUCUUGCCGACCACAUGUCUCCCAUGAAAGCAUGUACCAAAGGCUUGUGGUCCGUCAGGAUGCUGAAGGGACUGCUGUCUAGGAGGUAUUUGAAGUGUUGUGCAAGCGGGCGGUGAGACCCGUCCACUAUCUGCUCUAGUAUGGCUUCCACAGGUGAUGUUGCUGGCAUCGGUGGUAAGUCAGGGGGGCGGUGGGGUCUUGUUAGUCUAAGGUGAUGGCUCUGGCAUGGGCUGCCUUCAUCUGCUCAAGCACCCUCUGCUGCAAUGUUUCCCACAUCAAUGUUUCCGGUUUCCCCUUCAGCACCUUGCUCAGAGGAUACAUGAUAAAGGCUAUGAGCGGCACAAAUCAUUGGUAGUAGCUGACCAUGCCGAGGAACUCCUGAAGGGACUUGAUAGUCUUUGGUGUAGGAAAGUUGCUUACUGCAUCUGCCUUGGAGGCAAUGGGGCAGAGACCUGUUGGGGAGACCUAGUGUCCCAGGAAGUCCACAUUCUCAACACCAAAGGAACACUUGUCAAAUCUGAUGAUCAAUCCGUUCAACACGGCCUCAACGUGUCCCAGGUACUCUUCCAGGGAAUUGGAGAUGAUCAGGAUAUUGUCCAUGUAGCAGAUGCAGGCAUUGGAAUGUGGCCUCAGCAUUCCUGAAGCCAAAGGUGGAGUAGGAGGAGGUGUAUGUUCUGAACGGCGUGAUGAUGGCUGUCUUCAGGAUGUUGUUGGGAUUGACUGGCACCUGAAAAUAAGAUUUGAGUAAAGACAUUUUAGUAAAUAUUUUGGCGCUGUGUUUGGCUCCUGUCGGGUCCUGCCUGUUCGGCAGGGGUUAAUGGUCAGGCGUUGUCACCACGUUCAACCAACGAUAGUCCCCACAGGACCUCCAGGAACAGUCUGGCUUUACCAUGUGGAGGGGAUGCCCAUGGGCUUGAUGCCUUUCUGUAAAUACCCAUCCUCUUCAUUUCUGCAAAUGCUUGUUUAGCAUCCUGGAGCUUCAUGGGCGGCAGGUGGCAGAAUUUGGCAUGUGUUGGUGGGCCCGUGAUGGUGAUGUGGUGGUAGAUGCUGUACUUGGCUUGUAUUCCCAGCACCUGGCGUAGUUCCAGCUUGAAGACGUCUGGGUAUUCAUGCAGGAGGGGGCUGUAUUUGGACGAUGCGGCAGCACAUAUGACUGGCAUUCCCGGGCUGGCGGCGAGCAGGCGGGAGCGGCAGAUUCAGGUGUGCAGAAGGCGUUUAUGUCUGUCCACCAGCUGACCAUGUUGUGCGAGGAAAUCAGCCUCAGUAGAGAGAACCUGACAGCUGCUAUGACGAAGCUCCACUCAUACUUAUGACCCAAAAUGGAUAUUCUUCGGGUCUGGGUUCUAUAGCAGUAGAUGGGGCUUCCGUUUGCAGCCGUGACAUUGGGCGAGCGGACGCAAUCCUCCCUUGACAGCAGAAAGACCAACUGCAUGGCUCCCAUGUCUACCAGCAUUCGGCGCCCUGAAAGCGCAUCGUGGAUGAAGAAUACCACUGGUUGGGAUUCCGUUGGUUGCGGCCACUGCUGUUAUGGGCAGCCGCCUCUGCGUUUUUGGGAACACACAGGGAGCUCUGCAGUUUCUGGCAUUCUUUCCGAAUCGUUGGUGGAAAUAACACCAGGCUAGAUUUGUCCACAUCCUCUGCUGCUGCAGCGGCGCCCUUUUUCUGUAUGUUGUGUGUGUAUCCCCCCUACUCGACCUUCUCUUCUAUCAGGCAGCAGGCUGCGGGUACUGCAGCAUGCAUGGAGGCAUUGGUAGCCUCGUGGAGUUUAUGCGUGAUGUUCACCAAUUUCUCCAUUGGAAGUGUCUGCCUCCAUAAUUUGCGCCCUCACCUCCUGAGGAAGGCACCGCAGGAAUAUAUCUCACGAUAGGCUGAUCUCCAUUCUUUUGCCAAAUUCGUCACAGUCCGGGACCAUCAGGAGACCUUGUAGUUUGUUCCAGGCGCCCUUGGGCAACACGGACCUUGUAGUUCGUUCCAGGUGUCCUUGGGCAACGCAUUGGUUCAUCAGGUCCAGGGCAAGUUGGGCUCUCUGAAACGGGCAUGGAGUAUAUCUCAAUGAGCUUCCUGCGGAGGUCUUCGAAUUUGAUUUUUUCUGUCUGCGCAUCUAGCCAAGGGGUAAUUUGAUUAAACACUUCCUCGGGCAGCGUCAUUAUGGUGAUAUCUGCUUUGGUUUCUUCGUCUGUGACCUUGGCUACACGGAAAUGUAUGUCGGCCUGCAGGAACCAUGAUGCGGUAUUUUGCCACGAGAAUGGUGGCAGCUUUAUCGCCCAAGAUAUCGCUGUUUUCAAAGGCGAGAGGGGGCUGCAGAGGAUCUGCAAGUCCUCAGAUUGACUUUCGAGUUCCAUGUCUGGCAUUUGUUACUCUUACACCAAAACGUGAAUUAAGCUUUGUAUUUGCAAGUUUAUGGUAUUUGGGGUUCGUCAGAAGUCAAAACUAUAUUAGUGGUUCCACUAUUGACUUUCUGAAUACAGUUGAUGUGAAUCAUAAAUGGCGGGGCCAAACCGUUCAAACAAUCUAGAACAUACCUGGAGAGGUACGGCGUAAUAGUCUGUUAGUGGUGGGUGGUUUUCCGAGGAAGGAGCUUUCAGAAACCUAAACUUUGUCACCGUAUGGUUCCAUUAAAGGCUUCUGAAGGUAAGCCUGUCCAUAAUGAGUCCGUUAAUGGCGAAGCCAAAACCACUUUUUACUGUCACUCCUUGGGACACCAGUUGAGGUCACAAUGAGACAGAACUGAGUAUGUAUUACUAAUUUAUUGCCUGGGCACCCGGUAUACAUCGCAGUAUGCAGACAGAAAUGGAGUGCCCGACCCUGAGUCUAGCGACCUCACACAGACAUAGGAGAAUUUUGUCUUAGCAGUUAAUAAAAUUACAACAGCAUAAGACAUAAUGGACAUACAUUAAUGAAUUAUAUAGCGGCGGAAAGGGCAGGAAAUUCUACAUCCAAAUAUUUACAUGUGAUUCUUGCUGUUUAGCUUGAUGAGAUACAAGAUCGUGAUUAGUAGGUAAAGAAGGUAUUUACAACUUAAUAAACCAAAUUACUCCUUUAAAUGUUAUGUCUAUUCAUAAUCCUGCUAACUUGAAGAGACCAUGAAAUAAAAAAUGUUUAAGUAUAGGAGUAAAUAACACGAUCGCUGAAGUCAUGCCUUAAAUGGGUUUUUGGAUACACACUAUUUCAUGAAGAACGCCCAAGCCACGUCAGGGAACGGUGCCCAAGGAUAGGGAUACAUCACUGUUGAAAUGUAUCUUAAUUUGCUUUUAAACGGGUCGCAACCCACUAAAAUAAUGUGCACAACUCUCCAACACUUUUUACUCUCAACCUCUCUCA